GCCAUCAAAUCCAAUCAUCCGCAGACAAUUCUCCUUCGUGGCCAUGCACGCUGCACUCCAGAUAGCAGAGAUCCAACAGGUCUUCUGCUCACAGAUGUCUACAGUGAAGUCGUUGGCGGCACUUGCCAGGACAUGCAAGACGUUGAAAGAGCCCGCGCUCGACUGUCUUUGGUCAGGCGACCUUGAACCUAUCGAGCUUAUUUGCCUGAUCAAAGUCUUGAAGCCUGUCAUGGAGGUGAACCUAUGGAGAACCUGUGUGGUUGCCGACGUGGGUCUCACCACGGGCGACGAUUGGAUGCACGCCAUGAGCUACACUACCCGUGUCCGUGUCCUUCAUCUCUCAGUGUUGUCUGAAUGGCGCAUAACCGAACAUGCUAUCCGGAGACUUUGGUCAUCAUCAUCUACCAUUGAGCAGGUUUUCCCUAAGCUUCGUAGUCUCGUCGUCGAUGGCAUCAACAGCACUAGUGGUCCAGCUUCAUGGAGCCUUCAACUUCACUGCGACUUCUUUUUCCCAAAUUCCUCCGCAUUAACAUUGGAGUUCAGCGAAGGCGUCGAUCCUGAAUUUUGGAGGCUGUUACCAGAGCGGAGUCCGCGCUUAAAGUCACUGGCGGUCACUCCGCCCAGGGACACUAGGUACUGGAUCAUAUCAGACGGGCACCCCGAGUAUCCAAUGGUUACACCACUUUCUCGUGCUGUAGAACAGCUCCGUCUACUCGAGUACCUGAAAUGUCCCGAUCUUGAAAACGACGCUCUCCUCGCCGUCUCGCAACUACCAGGCCUUGAAUACUUAUCCCUAUGGGAGAAAGAAAUUGUGCUUCCCUAUCCGACCAUGCUUCAAUUUCCUGCUCUUCGCGUUCUUGAUCUUGUUCAAGUGAACUUUAGGGAUCUUAACGACAACGCCAUUGAUUUCCUGUAUAGUCUAGAGACCAUCCCGGAAACGGUUGUCAUGAAAACAUUGACGCCCUUGUUUCGGCUGCACCGGCUGAAGGAGAUCAAUAUUCCGAGGUGGGAUUGCCAGGUUGACUUCUCAGAUGAUGAUCUCGCCGCGAUGAUGACCGCCUGGCCCGGCCUCGAAAACCUCUGGCUGGGCGGCCGCCUUGUAUGUCCAUGAUACUUGGCGGAAUACUGGCCCCAGGGGAAAUCCGCAUGUCUAACGUCGCCCUGCACGCUGACACCAUGAAUCACCAAAUCAAUU